GUUUGUUUUCUGCGUGCAGAGGGAGGGAGUGGGUGACACAGAUUUAACCCCUCAAACGUGGUCAGUCGAUUCAACAGAUGCAAACAACGUUCACUUUACGAUACUCGAUAUGAUCAACACUAUACAGGCAUAUGUCAACCUAAAUUAUAAAAUGCGGAUGACAUUAGCUGUAAAAAACCGCGGACAUUAAAUCAUUCGGAAUCUAGCUAGCGAGUAGUAGCUGUGUUGUUAUCGUCUAGCUAACGUUAGUUUACGUCGCAGUACCGAGGAGUGGUUAGCUUGCCUGCUGGUGAUGGUGAAACAGGAGGAGCGGUGUGAAUGUAAUACAUUAAUCAUUAGCAAGCAAAUGUAGCUAGCUGGCUAGAUUAUCUCACUAGCUAGUCGUUCGCAAUCAACUGUUCUGUUGUGAAUGAUACAUUACAACGGAGCUCUAGUCUAGUUAGCUAACGUUAGGUAGGUUUGCCAUUCAUUGCUAUUAUUAUCAUCCAACGUGUCAGUAAGUGCAUUUAGGUCGUUUUGAUCAGCUAGCACAGCUAUUGUUGACAAAUCGCAAGGAAAUGGUUUUGAGGAGCUGUUGUAAAUUUGGCCCCGUUUCAGUCUUGUUCCGGCUUGGUUAUGUGGCCCUGUUGUUGUUAUGUGUGACCCAUUUGCGGUGCGCACGGGCAGAAACUAAAACGGUGGUCCAAAAGGAUGCAGAGUUUGACGUUACCUACAACGAUACAGUUACGAGCGACAACCAAACCAUCUACGCCUUCAAUCACACCGUCUCCCGAAAUAAGACGGAGGGGGUCCGUGUGACUGUGGAUGUACUGUCGGAGGGGGCAGAGAGCAGUCCCAUCCUGUUUGUGGUCAGACAGAAGCAGGCCGUGCUGUCCUUCCAGGUCCCCCUCAUACUGCGUGGACUGUACCAGAGGAAGUACCCCUAUGCCCAUGUGGGCCGAACGCUUUGCCAACCUCCCACCCGCACCCUGUCCGAGACCCAGUACUUCUUUGUGGACGUGUCCACCCUGUCCAGCUUGGGCACCCACUACCAGCUGAGGAUCAGCCGCGUGGAAAGCUUCACCCUGCAUACAGACAAAAAGUUCAGCUUCACUGCCUCACCAUCCCAACCCCAGUACUUCAAAUAUGUGUUCCCUGACGGAGUGGACACGGCCAUCGUCAAGGUCAACUCUGAGAUGACCUUCCCGUGCUCUGUCAUGUCCAUUCAGGACAUCCAGUGCCCAGUGUAUGACUUGGAUAACAACGUGGCCUUCAUUGGAAUGUAUCAAACCAUGACCAAGACAGCUGCCAUCACUGUCCAGAGGAAGGACUUCCCCAGUAACAGUUUCUAUGUGGUGGUGGUGGUGAAGACGGAGGACGAGGCAUGUGGGGGUCCCCUGCGCUUCUACCCCCUCCGUCCAGAUGAACUCAUUGAUGCUGGCAACCGCAGUAAAACUCUGGACGUGGUCGUCUCGCCCGCCAUCAGCUCGGAUGUGUACGUGAUGGGCAUGCUGUUCUGCCUGGGCAUCUUCCUCUCCUUCUACCUGCUCACCUUCCUGGUGGCCUGUGUGGAGAACAAGAGGAUGCACAGGAGGAGGGAGGGGCUUCUGAACCCAGCGGACAUGUCGCCCGCGGAGACAGCCUCUCUACUGGGAAAGCCAGGUGUGACUCCAGUCUCCCCCUAUGAAUACGGCUCCUUUGCGGACAACGCCAGCACGUUGAGCUCAGAGGCCAUCACAGACAGCAUAGCAUCAGAUGCCAACUACGGAUACAUGGGACAGGAGACUUUGAAACGCAGACCAUUCCUAACUGCCAUCCACCACGUAGCCAUCUGCAUUGAGCGUUCGUUGGAGAGCGUUACGGGUCGUAGUCGACAGGAGUCUCUGAGCUCAAUAGAGGAGGAUGACUAUGACACGUUGGCCGACAUCGACUCGGACAAGAACAUCGUCCGCACCAAGAAGUACCUGUGUGUGUCGGACCUCGCUCGCAAGGACAAGAGGGUUCUGAGUAAAAAGUACCAGAUCUACUUCUGGAAUAUUGCCACCAUAGGUGUGUUCUAUGCCCUCCCUGUCAUCCAGCUGGUCAUCACUUAUCAAACGGUUGUCAACGUGACAGGAAAUCAGGACAUCUGCUACUACAACUUCCUGUGUGCACACCCCCUGGGGAAUUUGAGUGCCUUCAACAACAUACUGAGUAACCUUGGUUACGUGAUGCUGGGCCUUCUCUUCCUGCUCAUCGUGCUGCAGAGAGACAUCAUCCAUAGCAGAGCGCUGGACCGCCACGACCUCAAUGCACUGGAGUGUGGCAUCCCUAAGCACUUUGGGCUGUUUUACGCCAUGGGCACAGCUCUAAUGAUGGAGGGACUGCUGAGUGCCUGCUACCACGUUUGCCCCAACUACACCAACUUCCAGUUCGACACCUCCUUCAUGUAUAUGAUCGCUGGGCUGUGCGUGUUAAAGCUGUACCAGAAGAGACACCCAGAUAUCAAUGCCAGCGCUUACACUGCCUACGCCUGUCUGGCUGCUGUCAUCUUCUUCUCUGUGCUAGGAGUGGUGUUUGGGAAGGGCAACAUGGUGUUCUGGAUCAUCUUCUCUGUCCUCCACAUCCUGGCCACCAUGCUGCUCAGCACCCAGCUCUACUACAUGGGUCGCUGGAGACUGGAUUCUGGCAUCCUGCGCAGGAUUGUGUAUGUGAUCUACACUGACUGUAUCCGCCAGUGCAGUGGCCCCAUGUAUAUUGACCGAAUGGUUCUGCUAGUGAUGGGAAACAUAGUGAACUGGUCUCUGGCUGCCUAUGGGCUACUAAAGACACCCAAUGACUUUGCCUCUUACCUGCUGGCCAUCGCCAUCUGCAACCUGCUACUCUACUUUGCCUUCUACAUCAUCAUGAAGCUCCGCAGUGGUGAGAGGAUCCAGUGCAUGGCCAUGGUGUGUAUCCUCUUCACGGCCGUGGUGUGGGGCUUCGCUCUCUUCUUCUUCUUCCAGGGCCUCAGUACCUGGCAGAAAACCCCUGCCGAGUCCCGGGAACACAACCGUGAUUGCAUCGUGCUCUCCUUCUUCGACGACCACGACAUCUGGCACUUCCUGUCCUCCAUUGCCAUGUUUGGUUCCUUCCUGGUUCUCCUCACCAUGGACGAUGACUUGGACGACGUCCAGAGAGACAAGAUUUUCGUCUUCUGAGAAAGCUACUCUCUGGCUCCGCCUUAACAUUUAUUGCUGGCCAGUAGUGACACAUUGGCAACUGAGACACCCAAUGGCAUGUCUCCCUGACUGCAGGCGGGCUGGGCAUCUCUCAGCCAAUCAAAGAGCUGGGGAAGGACGGUGCGCCCUCCCCGGAGUUGGAAUCUGUAUGGACACUUGGCGUGCCAAUCAAUGAGUCUGGUUCACCAGGACAUGCUGACAUUUCUCCUUACUGCCAUCCAAUACUACUGUGGUCGUUGUGUUUUCUUAUUGCUGAUAACCGUUUGAAUUUAAUUUAUAUUGCAUCAUUCACCUGCAACUCCAUCAAUGCAUUUAAACGUGUAUAGUGUGUGGGGGGAGUGAGAACACUCCAUGUCCAGUCUGUCUGUGGCCUUUAAUGUUCUGAUCAUGCGCGUGGUUUGUAUUUCUAUGGCUGUCUGAUACUGGAUGGAUCUGUCCCAGAGAGAGAUCAACGAUUGUAUUUUAAUUACUAACCACGUCCGGGGCGGCAGGGUAGCCUAGUGGUUAGAGCGUUGGACUAGUAACCGGAAGGUUGCAAGUUCAAACCUCCGAGCUGACAAGGUACAAAUCUGUCGUUCUGCCCCUGAACAGGCAGUUAACCCACUGUUCCUAGGCAGUCAUUGAAAAUAAGAAUUUGUUCUUAACUGACUUGCCUAGUUAAAUAAAGGUACAAUUUAAAAAAUAAACUAACUACGUCCUUAGCUGGUGAGAAGAAUAGAUUUUGCACUGUAGGAUAAGAACUUGGGACUAUGUGACUACUGAAUAAAGUUUUUGUCCACGAUGAUAAAGGUGUAGUCUUCGCAUUAGUACAAUCUGUCUCUAGGUUUUGCAUUUUAAGUAACUGACAAGCAGGAUGAAGAGGAAAUCCAGACUUAAGGACCUGGGUUGUGUUCAUUAGGCACUGAAAUGGAAGUUACUGACAAUCAUGGAGAGACUACCUGAACUUGUCCAAGAAAUUCUCAUUUAAGUUGCAACACUUUCUGUUGGGUGUCCCAAUGAAUACAACGCUGGUGAUCACUUCUUAAUGUAGACAUACUGAAACAUGAAAAAGAAUGAAAGUUUGACAUUAUGAAUAUACACCACUUUACAUUUAUUAAAACGUUUCUUAUAAAAAAAUAUGGUAAAAAUGUCAUACGUCUAUCUGCACAGUAAAACACUGGAAGAGUCCCUCUUACCAGAAUUUCAUAAAGA